AUGAAGUUUGUGGUCCUUGCUCUUCUUGUUGUUGGCGCCUACGGAUGUGGGCUGCCAACCUUCCCCCCCAUUCUGAGGAGGGUGGUUGGAGGUGAGGACGCAAGACCACACAGCUGGCCCUGGCAGAUCUCCCUCCAGUACAGCAAGAACGGAGGAUGGUACCACACCUGUGGCGGCACACUGAUCUCCAAUGAGUGGGUCCUCACUGCAGCUCACUGCAUCAACAGCCUCAACACGUACAGAGUGGUGCUGGGCAAACACAACCUGGUGGAGGAGGAGGGUGGAUCCGUGGCCAUCGGCGCCAGCAAGCUCGUCGUCCACGAGAAGUGGAGCUCCCUGUUCAUCAGGAACGACAUCGCCCUGGUGAAGCUGGAGACCCCGGUGACCUUCAGUGACACCAUCACACCCGCCUGCCUUCCUGACGCUGGAUUCAUCCUGCCCAACGAAGCGCCCUGCUAUGUCACCGGCUGGGGACGCAUCUACACUGGUGGCCCCAUUGCUGACAUCCUGCAACAGGCCUUGCUCCCUGUUGUGGACCACGCCACCUGCACCAAACCUGACUGGUGGGGCAGCCAGGUGAAGGACACCAUGGUGUGUGCUGGAGGAGACGGCGUCGUGUCCGGCUGCAACGGAGACUCUGGCGGCCCCCUGAACUGCCGCAGCGACGACGGCUCCUGGGCAGUCCACGGCAUCGUCAGCUUCGGCUCCGGCCUCAGCUGCAACUACCCCAAGAAGCCGACCGUGUUCACGCAAGUGAGCUCCUACAUUGAGUGGAUCGACACGGUGAGUACGACACGCCUGCGUCGCCUUCCGCUGAGGGCCGUAGCAGCGGAGGCCGGGAAGACGAACAUGAUGAAGAACUAA